UAAAGGUUUUGUUUGUUUGUUUGUUUUUUGUUUUGUUUUUUUGUAUUUAUUUUACUCAAGGAGAGCAGAUAUUCUUCACAAAAACUUUCAGCCUUUAUACUCUGUGAAGAAGGAAGACCAGCGAAGCUGUACUAUGGUGGGAAUGAAGUAAUGGCCGGCUGCAAAUCGGUAAGCUAGAGUGCAAAGGCCGGAACGGUUGUCGCCAUCUAUGAGCGGCGGCAGCAACCAGUUGUCUUGUUGCCGAGGCUGGAAAGGUUGCCACGAUCUAUGAGCGACGGAUGCAAGCAGACAACCGGCAAGCACAACACUCUGGACAGCUACUGCCAUCUAUGAGCGACGGCGGCAACCAGUGUUGUGUCGACAUUUGUUUGGUACCAGAUACAAUCCUGGGGAACCAACAGCUCCGCUGUAAAAAUAGUAAAGGUAGCACUCCUCUCAGGACACUUAGUUCCCUAAGAAAUGUAAUUCCUCAUUUCUUUUCAGUAAUAGAAAGCUACAAGGAAUAGGUGUACAGGGCAGCGUAACUUGAGGAGAAAGCACAACUGAGCCUUUGGAGACAGAACAGAACAGAGGUCAUAAAUUAUCAGAUUAAUAUAUUGAUGAGCAGUGUAGUUUGUGCAUGAACUGCAUCGUAAAGCACAAUAAAAUUUAAAGUAAUUGCUGGAGCUGAUGGACGACAUAAUAGAAAGUUAAUUAGAUAUGCAGUUUUAGAUAGCAUAUAAGAGCACGAGUUUAAUCUGUCAAUAUAUGGCGACACUGUUGCACGCCAUAGACGAGAUAUUUAGCAAGUGCAGAGUGCUGACCUGUGAUCUUUACCAUGAUAUGUGACCCCACACUUGUACACUCCUCGUCAAGAUCAAAACUCGGGGGGGGUGGGGGGGGGGGGGGGGGGGGGGGGGGGGGAAGGGGAGGAGGUGGAGGAGAGAUUGCCUUGGGUUUUGCAGACCAAGCUUUUGCUCCAUGUGCUCCGACCCUUCAGUGUCGCAUUGUUUCAAGACUGCACAUACAUUCCUCAAAGCAAAGGGAUGACAUAGUUGAAUUUUGCAUGGUAUAGAACAGUAAACCGAGUUUUAUGCCACAGUUUAUGAGGUCUCUGGAUAUGUUAAUGCAGAGUUGAAGCCAGUGUGCUAUAAAUUUCGUUAUAUAUAAAAAGCUUAAUUUUUUUUCUGUAAUCACUUUCCGUGGGAAUCAUGAAAAGCUCAUUGAUGUCAUAGGUUCCGAAUUUGAGGUGUCGGGAAACUUGUUGCCAUGUUUGCCUUACUUCAAAUAUUCGGUUUGUGGUGAUAGAAACACCUCUUUAUGGAGUUUUUAGCUUUCCUGAAAUACUGCAUGUUACGGAGUGUGAAGGAUAAAUAUAUGGCAUGUUAGGAGCUUUGCGAUCGAAGUGUUUAAUUCUUGGAAAGGUUAUUGAAAUGGAUUUUGGAACAAAUUGACAAAACAAGCAGAGCCCCCAGCAAGGACCACGACCAUGGGACGAUCCAGAUAUGUAUUAGAUAUGAAAAGGUCACAGUAAUCUUGCAAGAUUACAAUUCUUGCUCUAACAUUUGAGUUCGAAUUGAUAUUUAGCAGUACUAUUUAUUAGGCUACUCUGGUUCUUUGAAGCGAUCCAAUGCCUCAUGGCGCCCCACCUAACCGCCGUGCUCUAAAGUUUGUUUUAAGAUUUUAGGGGGAUAUAUAAUGCAGGCAUAAAAUGAAGCAGAGCGUACGGGAUAUGGUAGUUUUACUUUAAAAUUUCAACCACGUUCGUCAUCCUCCACAUGCAAAUUAACGAAUGAACGGACAACCGGAUGGAUUAUGGCGUCGUGAGCAUGUCGUAUGUGCAGUAAUGAGUCAUUGGGUGUGGCCCACGUUUCCAUCUUUCCUGUCUGGCCCCGUUUUGUCUUGCCGGGUGAGAUUCGUACACUGGUUCAUGAUUGGGCUAAUAUAGCUUAUUUGGCAAGUGAAGAACUUCGACUUGCGGAAUAAAAGGAAAGUCGAGCCGGCGCCCAGCCAGCAUGCUAUGCCUGCCAGUAAAUUAAUUCAAUACAUGCGUCACGAAACCAGUAUACGUAUGCAGAGGGGAAGCCUUGGCGCCGGAUGCGAAGUUUGGACGAAGAUUUGGCCAUUUUUUUAACGCCGGCAGCACUCAGACGGUGCGACAGAUUUUGAAUGAACAAUUAAAGGGCGUUGCCCCUUCGACCUGGUACCCGCCUGCCUCUCCCGCGGCGCCAGAUCAAGAGCGUAGGAUUUUCUGCGUAACGCGGGCUCUUGAGGAACUACCGCGAGCAAAAGUAGUUCGCAAUAACCGUGCGACAAUCGUUAUGAAUACAAUUUUUAACCCAGCUGUAACGGGCGCAUAACUAUAACAGAAGUGUUUCAUAUGGAUGGUGAUUUCUUCGUGGCUUUCUAAGUGUGUUAAAUGAAAGGUAUUAAUUUGAAAAGAAAUAUCGCUCCGACGCAUGCGCCACUUGCGGCGCGACGCCGGCGACGCUAUAAAAACGGCGACGCCGAGCGGACUACUUCAUUCUCGUCUGUUUGCGUCGUGGUUCGUUGUUUACCCGGUGUCAACAGACCACCCCUUCCUCCUCGAUUUUUGCUCCACCCUUGAGCCCAUCUCAGUACGAUGAGGGAGUGCAUAUCUGUCCACGUCGGGCAAGCCGGAGUGCAGAUCGGUAAUGCCUGCUGGGAGCUCUACUGCCUGGAGCACGGCAUCCAGCCUGACGGCCAGAUGCCCAGCGACAAGACCAUUGGGGGAGGCGACGACUCCUUCAACACUUUCUUCAGUGAGACCGGUGCAGGCAAGCACGUGCCGCGGGCGGUCUACGUGGACCUUGAGCCCACCGUUGUGGACGAGGUGCGCACCGGCACCUACAGGCAGUUGUUCCACCCGGAGCAGUUAAUCACGGGCAAGGAGGAUGCAGCCAACAACUACGCCAGAGGCCACUACACGAUUGGCAAGGAGAUUGUGGACCUGGUGCUGGACCGGAUCAGGAAGCUGGCAGACCAGUGUACAGGCCUGCAGGGCUUCCUCAUCUUCCACAGCUUUGGGGGUGGCACCGGCUCGGGCUUCACCUCCCUCCUCAUGGAGCGCCUCUCUGUGGACUACGGCAAGAAGUCCAAGCUCGAGUUUGCCAUCUACCCCGCCCCACAGGUUUCUACUGCUGUAGUGGAGCCCUACAACUCCAUCCUCACCACCCACACAACCCUGGAGCACUCUGACUGUGCCUUCAUGGUCGACAACGAAGCCAUCUUUGACAUCUGCCGCCGUAACCUGGAUAUCGAGCGCCCCACCUACACAAACCUGAACAGGCUCAUCGGUCAGAUUGUGUCUUCAAUCACUGCUUCUUUGCGCUUCGACGGCGCCCUCAAUGUGGACCUGACAGAGUUCCAGACCAACCUAGUGCCGUACCCCCGCAUCCACUUCCCGCUGGUCACGUAUGCCCCGGUCAUCUCCGCGGAGAAGGCCUACCACGAGCAGUUGACCGUCUCGGAAAUCACCAACUCGUGCUUUGAGCCGGUCAACCAGAUGGUGAAGUGCGACCCCCGCCACGGCAAGUACAUGGCCUGCUGCCUCCUGUACCGGGGAGACGUGGUGCCCAAGGAUGUGAACGCAGCCAUUGCGGCCAUCAAGACCAAGAGGAGCAUCCAGUUCGUGGACUGGUGCCCCACAGGCUUCAAGGUCGGCAUCAACUACCAGCCCCCGACCGUGGUUCCCGGCGGCGACCUGGCCAAGGUGCAGCGUGCGGUGUGCAUGCUCUCCAACACGACGGCCAUUGCCGAGGCUUGGGCCCGCCUGGACCACAAGUUCGACCUGAUGUAUGCCAAGAGGGCCUUUGUGCACUGGUACGUCGGUGAAGGCAUGGAGGAAGGCGAAUUCUCGGAGGCCAGGGAGGACUUGGCUGCCCUAGAGAAGGACUACGAGGAAGUGGGCAUCGACUCUGCUGAGGGGGCCGAAGACGAUGGUGGAGAGGAGUUCUAAGUUGCGCUAUUGUUUGCCCUCCUGCCCUGGGCCUUGGAAUAAAAGGGGCAGUUCAGAACA